AGGAAGGGACUCCCAGUCUUCGUCGGAGUCGGUGGCUGUUUUGAAGAAAAGAAAAGUCAGCCUUUCGUGAUCUCAUAAGAAGGAAAGAAAGGAAGGAAAUUGUGCAGGGAAAGGAUGAAUUUAUGCUCGAGCAAGGCGGUCAAUGCUGCCUGUCUGCGUCGCCGGGCGGUCCAAGCUAGCUGUCUGCGUCGUAAUAAUCGUCGCAUACACGUCGCGUAUUACGGGCUGGGGCCGACGAUGCGAAGGUCGCAGCCCGGCCCACGCUCACGGCGAAUGAUCGGGGUGAGACCAUAGACUGUGGCGCCGAGCACCCCCUGAACGACGAGGCUGCCAACG